AGCUUUUUUCUGUUGUCUUCGUUUGGCUUUGUUGAUUCCUAUUGCAUCAGUGCUUUUGAAGAAACUGCUUCCUACUUAUCAUCAUACUACUUAGAGCCUUAAAGAUACUGUGACAUGGAGAGGAAUCAAAAGACAAGUCUGAUUAAUCAAAUCUUCGCUUGGUCCAUCAAUUAUAUUCUCAACAAAGAUAUCUACAAGGAAGAGAUAAAGUCGAUACCAGACAGGUUUUGGUCCGUUGAUGAAUACCUUAACUGCUUUGUUCCUCUUUUACUAGAGGAAACACGUACCGAGUUGUCCUCAAGCUUGAACUCUUUGUGGAAAGCUCCUGUCUUUUACAUAAGUUCCGUGGAGGCUACGGCAAUUAAAUUACCGAGUAGAAGCUCAAACAAGGUUAAUAUAUCAGGACUAACGAGUGUUGCACAAGGAAAUAGAACAAGUUACGAGCCGAAACAUGGAGAUCUCAUUGCUCUCACAAAAGCAGCAAGGCCAACACGCGUGGAUGACUUAAACCCACUGAUUCUUGGAUAUGUGUUCUCUGUUGAAGAUGAACUACAUUUCUCUGUUCAUUCCUCCAAAACUAUAUCCAUUGAUGAGCAAUUUUCGUUUCGUUCGGGUGUUUUUCUCAUGAAUUUAACCACAAACACUCGUAUCUGGAAGGCUUUGCACAACGGAGAUGGCAACUUGGGUCUCAUCAAGAGUGUCCUUCAGGCAAAUACCGCGGAUACAGAGCACCCUGUUUCUUCUAGGAAUUGGGGGAAUAGUGUAUGGGAUAUUAUGCGUUCUGCAAAGUUGAACCCUUCUCAGGAAUCUGCAAUUUUGAGUUGCUUGGAGACAAGAAAUUUACGUGACAAGACUAGUGUGAAACUGAUUUGGGGACCACCUGGUACCGGCAAGACAAAAACAGUUGCUACUCUUCUGUUUGCUCUUCUCAACCUAAGUUGCAAAACAGUUGUGUGUGCUCCUACAAACACGGCUGUAGUAGAAGUUGCAUCGAGGCUCUUGGCGUUAUUUAAGGAAACUUCUUCAUCAGAACAUUCUACUUACGGGCUUGGGAAUAUUGUUUUAGUCGGAAACCGAGUCCGAAUGGGGAUAGACGACAGGGGGAAUGAUGAUCUCCUCAACGUGUUUCUUGAACAUCGCAUUAGUAAAUUGCGUAAACUGUUUUCGCCAUCGACUGGAUGGGAACGGAGUUUGGAGUCAAUCAUCGAUAUUCUUGAGAAUUCGGAGUCUAAUUAUAAGAAAUAUCUCUUGUUAAAUGAAAGAAGGGAGAUUAAGGAAGAUGGUAAAAACAUUCUUACAACAUUUGGAGAGUUUGUAAUGAAAAUGUUUCUUGGCUCAAAUGAAAGAUCGGAGAAGGAAGAAGCUGAAAAGAAAGAAAAGAUUCUUACAUUUGGGGAGUUUGUAAAGAAAAAUUACUAUGGGUUAAGUGAAACAAUGGGGAAGGUCCAGAAGGAUAUGGUGGAUUUGUACACACAUCUUCCCAAGUCUUUUACAUCAUCUAACGAUGUGAAGAAUAUGAUCGCAGCCCGUAAAGCUCUUCGCCGAGCCAGAUCUUUCUUGCAGGAGAAACAAGGAAGCUUCACAUUCGAUUGCUUCAACAAAGUCAUCAGUAUUGAUUGCCUUCAGACUCUACGUUUGCUAUCAAAACGUUUUGAGAUUCCAGCCUUGUUGGUAAACGAGGAUACAAGGACAUUCUGCCUACAAAAUGCACACAUAAUCUUCUGCACUGCCUCGGGUGCUGCAGAAAUGACCGCGGAACGGACAGGGUCCAUAGAACUUCUUGUAGUUGACGAGGCGGCUCAGCUUAAAGAAUGUGAAUCAGUUGCUGCAUUGCAAAUUCAGGGUUUGCACCAUGCUGUUCUAAUAGGAGAUGAGCUUCAGCUACCAGCAAUGGUGCAAAGCGAGGUAUGUGAGAAGGCCAAAUUUGGGAGAAGCUUGUUUGAGAGAUUGGUUUUGCUUGGCCACAAGAAACAUUUGCUUAAUGUUCAAUAUCGUAUGCAUACUUCUAUAAGCCUUUUCCCCAACAUGGAGUUUUAUGAUGGUAAGAUCUCUGAUGCUGAGAUUGUUAAAGAAAGCACCUAUCAAAAGCGGUUUCUUCGAGGAAACAUGUUUGGUUCUUUCUCCUUUAUCAACGUGGGACUUGGGAAAGAAGAGUUUGGUGAUGGACACAGUCCUAAAAACAUGGUUGAGGUUGCUGUGGUUUCUGAGAUCUUAUCCAAUCUUCUCAAAGUGUCCAGUGAGGCAAAGACGAAGAUGAGUGUUGGUGUUAUUUCACCUUAUAAAGCUCAAGUUAGAGCAAUCCAAGAGAGGAUCGGAGAUAAGUACACCUCCGUAUCAGAUCAGCUUUUCACUUUGAAUGUUCGGUCCGUGGAUGGGUUUCAAGGAGGAGAAGAAGAUAUCAUUAUCAUAUCCACCGUUAGAAACAACGGUAACGGACACAUAGGGUUUCUCUCUAACCGUCAAAGAGCCAACGUUGCACUGACUCGUGCAAGGCACUGUUUAUGGGUGAUUGGGAACGAGAGAACUUUGUCGCUGAGUGGUUAUUGGACAAAGCUCGUAAGGGACUCGAAGAGACGUGGAUGUUUCUAUGAUGCUGUUGAUGAUAAGAAUUUAAGAGAUGCCAUGAACAAUGCUCUUCCCAAGGUCGACAUGUCUGAUGUGUGGUCGAGUUUUCGAUCUCUUUCAAUCAGGAAAGAAAGAAGAAAUGCUUGGUAGCUCUUUUACCAAGGUAUCUAUGAAUGGUUUUUAAUUUGUUCUCUUUUUGUGGCUUCGAUAUCUAUGGAUAGUAUUGAACUAUUAGUGUAUUUUAUGAAUCUCUUUCUUGCUAAACAAGUAAUUAAUGUAUCUACUAUGUGGCAAGAUCAAUGUUCACAUACUAGAUGAAUUACAACUCUCGUUGCGUCACUUUGUCGAAAGCAGUAUAGUCAGUGGCUUAGGUUCCUAUGACUACGGUUCGAUCAGACUAGACUAAAAACCUAGCCUCCAAACACUGAGUCAAAAGAUUUCCCAUCAUGAUUGCUUCCAGUGAUGAAGGAGAGGGGUAACUCGGAAGCGAAUCUUACGCAGAACCACUUAUUUGGGUGAAAAAAGUAGUCAACACAUUAAACCCAAAUGUAAACCAAAACAAACAA